AGUCACUCGGGAUAACGCUCAGCUUCAUGAUGAACCCCCUCUGUGAUCAAGUGAAUUAUAGCUAGCUGAAGACUUAAAGGAAGGUUCCGCCCUGUCGCAAUGUUGUUGAGAAUGACUUCAGAAAAUAGAAAACCUCAGGAGGAUUCAAGUGUCUCUGCACAAUGUUCUCUGUGGCCUGUGGACCUACAGUUAACGCAUGUGAGCUGCAACCCAGGGGAUACACUGGUGCACUUCCAGGGCCAAUAUCUCACAAUAUGUGAACUGGACUAUAACAUACUGCAAGUGGAAAUACAGAAUGCACAGAAAACAAAGGUGGCGGUGGAAGUUGGGGAGUUCUGUUUGGUAGAGGAUAUCCCAUCUACCCGCUGGUACAGAGGAAGGGUUCAGAACAAACAGAAAGAUUUGUUUGACGUGUUCCUUAUAGACCAUGGGAAUGUUCUGAGUGUUGAUGCCAGCCAUUUGGCCACAGCUUUGGAUGAGCUCUUCAUGCUUCCUCCCAAAAUCCUCUGUGGUUUCUUUGCAAAUGUGUUACCAUUGAGAGAAAAUUGGGAUUCUUUUUCAGAGAAGUAUUUCGCUUCCUUGAUUGGAAGUCAUGUCAAAGGAUACAUCCAAGCCUUUCUUCCUCACAAAGUCCUCAUACUAGAAGCCCCAGACAUCAACAAGGAUCUCUUUAGGCUGAGCUUAGGGAAACAUGUGGACACAGACACAUUCCUUCUCUUGGUGGAAAUGUUAACAGAGGUACCACUCAAGCAGAGCAUUGAACCUGUCCCAGAUCUACUGAUUGAAAAGCAAGGUGGACAAGAAUUCUCAUUCAAACCAUCCAGCUUGAAGGGCUUUGAGGAUAUUCAGUCAUUUUCAGGCCCUAAGUUGACCACUGGCAAAAAAGUGAGGGUUAGAGUAACCGCUGCAGUGAACCCUGUUAUAUUCUACUGUCAAAUGACAAGUAUGGCAAAAGAUCUGAAAAGGAUGUCAGACAAAUUGGCAUUGUCCUGUGAGUCCAAGAGCAAAGACCCCAGUCAAAAGCCAGCAGAAAAUCUGGGCUUACUUUGCUCAGUCAAAGGAAAAGAUGAGAAGUGGCAUAGAGGCUUUGUGCAGUUUCUCCCUGUAAACUCUCAAGUAAGAGUCUUGUUUGUUGAUUACGGAUUCUGUGAGUCUGUGAAAAUUGAGAAUGUCCUCCAGCUUCCACCAGAUUUUCUCUCAACACCAAUCAUGGCUUUCCCGUGCGCUCUUUCCUGCCUGAAUGGACAGGAUCAGGCAGUGAAGAUCCAGCAGCUGACUUUCUUCAAGAAAGGAUUGCUGGGUAGAGUAUUGGAUGUUGAAAUCAAUGGCUUUGACAAAGAGCAGAAUCUCUAUUUGGUCACAGUGCUCAGUGCUGAAGACUAUGCAGUUGUUGAGGCAGGGCCAAUUCAAGAUGUCCCUGGACAAAGAGAGUGUGACUUUAUUCUUGAAAGUGAGCCUGCUUUCCCUCUAAACGGCUACCUGUAUUAUGAGACCGCAAUAAUCCAAGCAAUGGAUAAUUCAGUCAUUGUUGAGGAAAUGCAAGAGGACUCUGUGUUUGAAGGAUACGUGGAGCAUGUCCUGAAUCCAGGUGCGUUCUGGUUGAGAACACAGAAACGCAACAAAGACUUUGAAGAGAUGAUGGAGAACAUGGCCAAGCACUUCAGCCAAGUCCAAUUGGAUGAAGAAAUUAUUGAGAAUCCAGAGCCUGGUGCACUUUGCUGUGCAAUGUAUGAGCUGGACAUGCAUUACUACAGAGCUAUGGUGACAGACACUCUUGACAACGGAGCUGAAGUAUUUUUCAUUGAUUUUGGAAAUACUGAAAAGGUACCACAUAUGUGCAUCAAGCAGAUCCCGGAAAAGUUUGCUAUUGAACCAGCAUUUGCCCUGAGUUGUUCUCUGGUGAAUGUCAUGCCUUUCGACGAUGUAUGGACAAUCUCUGCAACCGACUACUUCCGACGAGCAGUCUCCAACAAAACUCUCCUUGUGCAUGUUGUCCACAUAAGGAAAGAUCUAUAUGUGGUUGAUUUGUAUGAGAGUGAAAACAACACAUCACAGAGAGCAUCAAAGAGCAUAACAGAGCUCCUGACCACAACAAAUCAUGCAGAAUUCUGGAAAUACACUCCUUCGGCGCCUGUGAUACCUAAGAGAGAGAUGGAGAAGGAAAUGAUGAAACAGAAGACCUGUAAAAAAGGACAAGUUCAUGCAAAUGGAUCAAGCACAAGUGGUGUCACAAGGAAACCUCCCAAAGAGACGUGGGAAAUUUCUGAAUUGGAUGGCUGUGAAAAGAAACCUGAAAGCCCAAAGUCAAGCACCCUAAAAGACAAGGCACCAGCGGUGAAAUUCAAAGCACAGAAAUUCAAGCCUGGAAGUGAGCUAGCUGUGCGAUGCUCUCACGUCAACACACCCUCAGAGUUUUGGUGCCAGCUGGAAAGCAAGAUCCCCAACUUGGAGGAAAUGAUGGAAGCGAUUCAGCAGUAUUACCAAGCACACACACUUCCUGUGCAGUCAAGUGAUUCAUGUUGUGUUACCAAGUCUAAAGAUGACGGCAGAUGGUAUAGGGCCUGCAUUGUAGGAGCACAGAAAGAUGAAGUUGAAAUGAUAUUUGUGGACUAUGGGAUAGUAGCAAAAGAGAAAGUGCACAAUCUUCAAGCAAUAGUGCCAGAAUUCCUUGAUCUUGAGGGGCAAGCAUUUAGAUGUAGCCUUUACAACUUGAUUGAACCUGCAAGGGGCAGCGGUGGUGAUUGGGGCACAGAGGCAUGCGAUUUACUGAAGUACUUCGCUCAAGGCCAGUCAGUGAAGUUGACAUGCUGUAUACACGCUCAACUGUAUGUGAAAAACAAGGGCCUGUGCAAUGUUGUCGACCUCCACAACACUCAACAGAAUGCAACAAAGAAGCUUGUGGAAAAAGGUCUUGCAAGAGAAGUGCAAACUCCUAUGCAGCUUAUGCCAUCAGUAUGCCCAGACUCUUUUGUCCAUUCCUCCUUCAACUUGAGAUGUGGAAGUGAAGAGCAAGUCUGUGUCACUCAUGUGUGCAGUCCAUGGGAGAUGUAUUGCCAGUUGGACAGAAAUACUGAAAUGAUUGAAGACUUGAUGGAGAAAGUCGCCAUGGAAAGUGAAGAAAUACUGCGUGCCAACUCUGGUCCUGGUAUCGGAAAACUUUGCCUGGCAAAAUAUUACGGUGAUGGCAAAUGGUACAGGGGUGUGGCUUGCCCUGUUCAGUCUACUCUGCUUCUAAAUGUGUUUUUUGUGGACUAUGGAAACAUGCAUAUUGUUGAAAAAACCAAUGUCGUACCUAUUCCCAGACAUUCAGCAGAUUUACUGUUCACUCCCAUGCAGGCAUUAAGAUGCAGUCUCUCACAAAUCCCGAAAGAGGAGAACUUUGCAGACGUCAACAAAUGGCUGGAGAAAUCCAUUCUCAACAAGCCACUUCGAGCUGUCGUUGCAGGAAAGAAUGAGGAUGGGACAGUCUCUUUCGAUCUGUUUGAUGGAGGCAUAAACAUCAAUGAGAAAGUCAAGGAGCUCAUUGCAAGUCAAAAACCGAAGGAGAAGAAAAGCAACAGUAGACCUGUGACUGGUCAUGAGGGACACAAAGAACAAACGAAGAACAAAACUGGAAAAACUAAAGAUAGACAGCAUCUGAAACCCACAGGCAAGGGAGUUACCUGCCACAACAAGCACCAACAUCAAAAUAAGCAGUCUUCAAAUGCUCAAAAAGCAAACCCACCAAAGUGUCCUGAUGCCCAGCAAGAUUGGGAAGAGCAAAGUGAAAUAAUCACUCAGUUCAAAGCUGAGGAAAGCACAGAAGGAAAAACAGAUCAACAUGAUGUAGACAGUUCCUCCAAAGUCACAGAAACAGUUUGCUCCGUCCAAUUGCCAAAACUUUCACAACUACUCCCUAAUCCCAAAAUAAAAUCUGGAUUCCGAGGUCUGGGGUUUGUUUCCCAUAUCAAUACCGUCGACAGCUUUUUUAUCCAAAUGCAAGAUGAUAAACAAUCCAUUCUGAAAAUGGGAGAAGACCUCAACACUGAGCUGUUUAAAGAAACCAUGGGGAACAACAGCACAUUGGUGGACUUCAGAAUGAAUGACCUUGUUGCUGCUGAAUAUGAAGAGGAUGGCGCACUCUACCGUGCAGUUGUAACAGAUAAUGCGUCUAAUGACCAUUUCAAGGUGGAGUUUGUUGACUAUGGAAAUACAGCCACUGUGACUAAGGACAAAAUGUACACUCUGACAAGUGUUUUUUUGUUGCAGCAUAGACUAAGCAUACCCUGUUCAUUGCUAAACAGUGACUCUUAUGAAAGUGAUGCCUCUUUCACUGAUGCAGUAAUGGGAAAACCUCUCAUGGUUGAAAUUGUCAGUCGUUUUGGUACACAGUGGGAGGUUAACGUUGAGAUCCAGCAGGACAACCCAACACUUGACAAUGAUGUGACUGAAAAUGAGGAGGUCCAAGCUUUGUGUGCAAGUCUAGUUGACACAGUUAAAAAGCAAACAAGAGCAGCCAUCAAGGACAAUAGCCAGUCCAAUACACAUUCUGAGAGGGUUAUGUUCACUGCUCAAGGUGAAAAGGUAUUGCUGAAUGUGUCCCCAAUGCCCUCACCAACUAGGCACAAACAUGGCAUUUGCAAACACCAGGACUCCAAUCAACUCCAAUCAACAACCUUUGGACCAUCUAUGGAGGCCAUGAAGGAUAUGGCCAUUCCAUCCCAGGAUAUAAGAGCCGGACAGGCAGAGAGUGGGACACUGUUGUCCAUCUUGGAGAAUGGAGAUCUAUAUCUGAGACUUCACAGGACCACGGAACAGUUUACUGUACUUGAGAAUCUCAUAGUUGAAAAUUGGUCUAAGUGCAAAGUCAUGUCUGAGAAGAAUGUCAAAGAAGGACUUCAAUGCUUGGCAAAAUCAACCAAAGACGACCAGUGGCACCGAGCAGUUGUACGGCAUGCAUCUAUUGACCAAGGAAAAUGCGGAGUGCUCCUUGUGGAUCAUGGCACUACAGAGGACGUCCCAAUGGGCUGCAUCAAAGACAUCUGUAAUGACCUCAAGCAAACUCCUGUGCAAGCAGUCUUGUGCAAGUGGAAUGGCCCUGGCUUCCCUAUCAGCGACGCUUAUGAGAUAUUGAAGAAAACUCUGAAACCAAUGGUAGGUAAGGAUAUGAAACUCAUGUUUGUGUCCUACUCUGAAGCUGAUAACUUGUGGAUGGUAGAAAUCAUGAUGAAUGGACUGUUCCUUGCCCAGCAAAUGAAGAUUGCAACUUCUGAAUGUACUGAAGAAAGACCAAUCCCCACGAAGACUCAAACUGUGACCCCAACAGAGAAAAAACCCAGCUUGGACAACAGUCCCCAGAGGCUCUUCCUUGCCCCAGUGAACAUGGAUCUGGGAUACUCUGGCUUUGCAGCUGCAGUCACCACUCCAAGUGAAUUCUACAUUGUUCUGGAAGAUUUGCUUCUCAUCAUGAACACUGUGUCUACGAUUCUCGAGGAUCUUCCAAAGGAGCUGUUGCCAUUGCAUGAAGAACACCUAAUUCGAGGAUCAUGCUGCCUUGUGAGGUCUGAUAGUAAGAACAAAUGGUGCCGAGCUGAAAUCGUCCAUUCCGAUAGAGCAGUGGUUGUGAUCAAUUUGGUUGACUAUGGCCAUUGUGUGGACAUGCCGUACAAAGACUGGUCUGAGCUGAGAAGACUUCCUGACCAGUUGACCAGGCUACCAAAGGUCACGUAUCCAUGCACUUUGAGAGGAGUAAAAUCAGUCGAGGGGCAAUGGACAGAUGAAGCAGUUGUUUUCUUUCAAGAGUGCAUCUGUAAGAAGAACCUUAAAAUAUACUUCAGGCAGUACGUUUCUGAAGCACACUGGGAGGUGGACAUUGUAGCAGAUGGCGUUCACGUGGCUAAAGACCUGGUUGAUGCUGGCCAUGCAGAAUACAUCGACAUCAUGCUUGGACUGAGAUUUCAAGAACAAAGCCCAAUCAGAGUCCCUCAACAGAAACAAGGCAUGAGUCGUGCAGAGAAAACACCCAAAGCAGAACCGAAAAUGACACCACCUAGGACGAACAUACUCCUGAGAAGACUGAAUGAAGAACUAGAACUCAAUGGACACAUUUCAAGUGAGGUUGCCUUCUGUGGACAAGGAUUUGAAAAAGCAAGCGAGAAGACAGCCUCUGCUACUGAGAACUCUGAUGGCCAAGGAGCAGAGAAGAUGACACACCCUAGCACAAUGACUGGAACAAGACAUUGCAAGUACCUUCACCUACUCAUUUUUAUUUUUCUGCAUGUUGGGUAA